GACACUCUCGAACGAUUCGGUCGCGGUUUUUUGUUUGUCUGCUAGAAAGCCCACUAGCCCACUCGAAGCGAAGGAAAUCGAAAAUGCGCUCGGAAAAUCAGUCGUAGGCGGGGCGAAAAUAACGGUUGCAGCGCCAAACUUCUAACUGUUGUCUGACCGGGCAAAAAGUGCGCGACAAAAUUUUGCAUUACGGAAAUACAAGCGGGGAAAAGUGUCGAACUCGGUGCGAAAAUCGGCGAAUAAUUCUAUGCGAUUUCCCGAGGAAAACGGAAAAUUAAGCGUCUGUCUGCAAGUCUGCUGGCUGCGUGUGUGUGCGUGUCUGUGAGUGUAUAACAUAACAGAAAACAUAACAACAACAACAAGGCAGCCAGGAUCAACGGUUCUUCAGGGUAGUUUGUUUGAAUUUGAACAAAGCAAAGCAAAAGCAAACGCAAAGCACACGAAAGCAGGAGUGAGAGAAAUAAAGUGAUAGAGAGAGGGGGAUAACGGGAGAGCACACCCCACACACACACCCGCUCCUCUCCUUUGUGUGCGCUUUUGCCGCCUGGAAAUGCAAUGCUACACCAACAACAACAACGGCAAGGGAACGAUGGGAAGCAGGGGAGGAAAGAACAACGCUUAAUUGUCUGCAGCAUCGUCGGCCGAAAAAAUCAAACAAACGAUUGCAUUUAAGUCGCCCUAGGAUAUUUUCCAGACGAAAGUGCACUAUCUUUCCACCGCACCACAAGGAAAUGUUCAAUUUGCUUGGUUUUUCCUAUCAAUAUAAAAACACAAUAAAAUUAUCCAAAUAAACUCAACCGAAUAAUUGAACGACAAACGACGAAAUUCAAUCGAUAUCUCUACUAAGCCAGUUAAAUACUAAGAAAACAUGGAUCUAAGUCUGGAACGCGAUAGCUCCGCGCUGGGUAGUCUGUUCCAGCAGAUUAUCAAUGACAUGAAGAAUACUUCGCCACUGUGGGAGGAUUUUGUGGCUAAGGCCGGGAAACUGCACACAUGCUUGAGGGCCGCCAUCCAGGCAAUCGCCGCCUAUUUGGAUGCCUUCCAAAAGAUAGCCGAUGCGGCGACCAAUUCAAGAGGAGCCUCCAAGGAGAUCGGCACCGCCCUGACCCGGGUUUGCCUGCGCCACAAGGCGGUGGAGACGCGUCUGAAGACCUUCACCAGCGCCAUCAUGGAUUGCCUGGUGCAGCCGCUGCAGGACAGGAUUGAGGACUGGAAGCGCACGGUGGCCACCAUAGACAAGGACCAUGCCAAAGAGUACAAGCGCUGUCGCAGCGAGCUGAAGAAGCGCUCCAGCGACACGCUGCGUCUGCAGAAGAAGGCGCGCAAGGGCCAGACGGACGGCCUGCAGUCCCUGAUGGACUCGCACAUGCAGGAUGUCACCCUGCGGCGGGCUGAGCUGGAGGAGGUGGAGAAGAAGUCCUUGCGGGCGGCCAUGGUGGAGGAGCGGCUGCGCUAUUGCAGCUUCGUCCACAUGCUGCAGCCCGUGGUGCACGAGGAGUGCGAGGUCAUGUCAGAGUUGGGCCAUCUUCAGGAGGCCAUGCAGUCGAUUGCCCUGGUAACCAAGGAGCCCAGUGUCCUACCCCAGGCCUCAGAGGAGCUCAUCCACGACGCCAAGGCCAGCAUUAAUCUCUAUCCGGAGUCGCCAGGCGGAGGUUCCGGAUCUCAGGGCGGAGGCUGCUCCAACUCGCUGGGUUCCCGGAAGAGCUCCGUGUGCUCCAUCAGCAGCAUGAACAGCAGUGGAUCCAGUAACUCGCCGGGCCACCACCACUAUCCGCGCUCCCUGUCGCAGACUUCGAAUGCAACGAAUCAGACGGCGAAUGCCUCCACCUGGCCCCCACAUUCCCAGGACGUGGUGGACACCCUGCCACCGACCGCCGACCGUCCGCACACGAUUUCGACGGCCUACGAAAAGGGUCACCAGCGACCGCCGCUGACCGUCUACACGUUCCAAAAUCCGGAGACCAUUCACGAGUCAAACAGCUGCCUCAACAACGGAUCCACAGCUCCGAAUGGACAGCCGUCAUCAGGUCAGGCCACACCGGCCACCCAGAAGUCUCCGGCCGCUUCACUUAGUCGGCCACCCUUGCCAGUUCGCUGCUCGUCGCUGGAGCGACCGCUUUCGGCCCAGAGUAACCACCGCCAGGGAAGCGGGAGCAACCUGCUGCAGCGCCAGUGUCCCUCUCCGAUUCCGGCUCAUAUCACGAAAGAGCUGUCCGCAGCGCAUCACGCACAGCAGCAGCAGCAGCAGAAUCAGCAGCAGCCCCAGACGCCGCCCACCUAUGUGAACAUGUCCGAGCUGGCCACCAUGGCGGCCUUGAAGCUGACCAACCAGCAGCAGAAGGCUUCCCCACCGCCUCUGCAGCAACAGAGCUCCAUCGACUCCACUAGCUCCCAGCAUUCCAAUGACUCCUCCGGCUCGCAUCAGCUCCUACAGCAGCAACAGCAGCAGCAGCAUCAAUCGCAGCUGAAUCAUCACUCAGCCACUGCCACACGCUCCCAUUCCAUAUCCUCGACGGCCUCGUCACUGCACUCGCACCCGUCGAUCGACUCCACCGUCGCUUGUGGCUCGCUGGUGGGCCAGGCCAACCACAGCACCAGCACCAACACGAACACCACCACCACCUCGCCGUCCAGUGGCAGUUCCACGCCACAAAACCAUUACUCGCCCCUGCUAACCAACUCCCCCACGUCCACUGCCGCAGGUACACCCAGCGGCAGCAGCGUAGGUCCCGGCUCCGCUCUGGGAUUUGUCUACCAGGUCAGCUCUCCGACGCCGCCCUCCAGUGAGGUGCUGAAGAUCACCGAGCAGACGGCAGCUGGACAAGAUCAAGGACCAGGGGCCAACGGUGGGGCGGAGGAGGCGGAGGACGAGCGGUCGCGAACGUCCGUUCUGCAGAAGGCCUCCAUGUUCGAGAAGGCGGCGGCAGCGGCAGCGGUAUCGCCACCAGCUCCCGUUCAGGUCCCAGCAGCAGCAGCUUCCCCAGCAUCGGGAGCACGACGUUCCGAGUCGGAGCAACAGGAAAUGGACAAGUCUUUCGAAGAUUCAAUACAAGCACUAAAUAAUUUAAUUGGCGAACUAGACUCGUUCCAACGUGAGAUCGAUGAGGGCAAGGGCAAGCCGAUGAGCAACAGCAACAGUAGCAGCAACAACAACAACAAUACGACGACCAGCAGCAACAGCAGCAGCGACAACAACAAUCUGCCAGUCACCAGCAACAUCGAGCCCUGCGCCAUCAGCAAUCAGACGAACUCGAGCGGCUGUGGAACGGACAUAUCGGACACCACGUCCGACGAACUGGCCGGCGACGAUAUGGACGCCAGGCGACGGGAUCGGGAUCGGGAUCUGUUGGGGGCCAGCGAUUCGGAGCUGAGUCGCUGCUAUGUGAGCGAAACGAGUUCGCUGACUGGAGGCCUGACAGCCGGCGGCUAUGAGAAUCCCACGUUUGCGCACUUUGUGGCCAAUGCGAAUCGGGAGGAUGUCGUGUCGCUGGCCUCGGACAGCGUCUGUCUGGGCCAGCCACGCCACGCCUACGUGGACACCUGCAGCGAUAGCGGCAGUGCAGUGGUGGUGAUCUAUGACCACCAGAUCCCCAACACGCCGGACAUCGAGUUCGUUAAGCAGAACUCGGAGAUCGUGGUGCUGCGUACGAAGGAUCCACAGCCCAAUGCGCUGCAGCUGCACGAGAUGAGGGAACUGCAGCAAUUGCCGACCAAUCUGGCCGGUUCGCCGGACUCGUCGCCGGACUCGACCGGCGGCCAGGCGCCGCCGACAGCAACUGUGGCGCCCGCCAAGCAGCGACUCUCCUCGUUUCGAGCUACCAGCGAGCAGCAGUUGCAGCUCCUCGGACGCGGCAGUCCGCAAAGAGGUAAAGCACCCACUGAGCAGGCAACACAGAGCAGGCCACAGGAACGGCGUUCUCCACAGCCACAUCAGCAGCAGGAUAUUGAAGGCAGUAGCCAGCCAGUAGAUCCUGCGAGGCGCCAACUGCCGCCCAAGCCCACCAGCUUGAGCCUUUUCAAUGGGCCCGCUCCCAGUGCGGGUGAUAGGCCAAUGGUGCCCAGAAAGUCCGACUUUAAGUCCGAUCUAGAUGAGAAAAUACGCAGGCAAAAGCAGAAGGUUAAACAGCAAUUGCAGCAGCAACAGCAGCAACAAUCGCCGCAGCAGCAGCAGCAGCAAGCACCACAAGAACAGCAACACUCACCACAGUCGCCCCAAACCAGAAACUGUAAUGUCACUAAUAAACCAGCCGCCAACGUUUCUGCAUCUGCAUCAGUAUCCGCAUCCGCAUUUGCAUCAGCAUCCUCCGAUCCGUAUUCGAACCAAAAUCAUAGAAUGCCAAACCAAAAUCAGACAGUCACAUCCAAUCACAAGCAGUGCAAGACGCCCGCCACAACGGCAUUGUCACCAUCAUCACCUCGCGGCCAUCAGCCAUUAUCAUCGUCAUCGCUCUCGUCAUUACCAUUACCAGCUACCACAUCAUCACCAUCGAUGUUGCCCGCCAGUGACCGACCACCCGCCCAUCCAUAUGUGUGCUCCAAUGCCCCAGCCAAUCCCCAUCAUGCCAAUAGCAUUACCAAUGCCACUGCCAAUGCCAAUCUCAAGCCGUGCAUUACACCCAGGCCGGCCUCGUUGUUGGGAGGAGCAGCAGGCGGUGGCUCCACGCGCAUAGCACGCCGUCAAUCCAUCAACCAGGCCAAGCCACCGCCGCCAGUGAGACGCAGUUCGUCGGUAACACCCAGUCCCAAUGCCUCGGUCGGGCUACAGCAACAACAACAGCACGCCACACUGCAACAGCAGAAUCUUCAACUAAGCAGCUCCAGCGAGCACUUACCGCCACCGCCGGCAUUCAUGCUGGACGCCAUGCCCCAGAUGCCCAGCUCAGCGCUGAAGGUAUCGGAGACGGUAAGAGCGCUAGCCGCCAUGCGUCACCAGCCAGCCUCACCUGUGGCACUCAGACGCAUGCAGCAGCAACAGCUACAGCAGCAACACUUGCAGCAGCAGCAACCCCUCUUGCAGUCUGAGCACAACUUCCCCCUGACCGCCUACUACGACUCCUAUUUGGAUGGCUAUGCCUACGCCCACGGCUUGGUCAAUGGCCAACAGCCUGCGGGCCAGCAGAUGGCCAGCCAGCAACGCUUUACACACCAACCGCAGCCAAAUCCAUAUCUGCAGCAGCAACAUCAGCCACCGCAGCAAUCGCCUGUUUAUCAAGCGCCGCCGCCUAUCGAUGCCACGUUCCGCACCUCAUCACCAGCCGCGGGCGGAGGGGGUGGCGGCGGCAUCUACGCCCAGCCCAAACUGGUCAACACCAUGUCAAGCUUCCGCACGAGCAGCCCCAGUCCCAACGGACACGCUCACCCACUGCCACCGACACAGCCAAAGGCGAAUCCGAAUCUAAUUGCACAGCUCAAUGCACGACUCAACAGUAAACAGCAGCACCAGCAGCAGCAGCAGGUCGAGGGGAUCUACGGCAACCAGCAGGCACCGGGAGAAGAGUCCAUCUACAUGCGGAGUGGCUUGUCCAUGUCGCAGCCGCAACAGCAGCAACACUAUGACGGUAAAUCAGAGCAAAUGCAGCUGCCACACCAGCAACAGCAUAGAAUUUACGCUAGUUUUGGCACCUCAUCAUCAGCAAUGUCAUCGGCCCAUGUGGCCAACAACAGCACUAAGCCGUCCAUUCUAACACCGACCACCUCUUUCAAUGCAUUGCCUCACUUCCCCCUGUCUUCAUCCACAUCAUCGUUGCUCCACAAAGUCAGCUCAUUCUCGAACUCUUCAUCCGCAUCCCCACCACCAACGGCAGCGGCCUCCGGCUCGGCCAACUCGCAUUAUCAGCCACCUCAGCCGCCGACUGCAGCGGUUGCUAACAGCAAAGACUUUGCCACCUACUCAAGUUCGUUUACCAAAAAUCCAGCAGCUGCGCAUUCGCCAAACAUGCGACAGGCCCAUUCCCAUCAGCACCACCAGCCGCCGCCACAGCAGCAUUACACCUGUCCGCCUCCACUGGAGGAUCCCCCACCGCCGCCCAUUUACGCCGGUUCGUCGGCUACGAUGCCCAAGAAGAUGGCACGCCCGCCCACUGGCCAGAAUGCGACCCACUCGAGCGCCUAUGCUGCAGCCUCGGCCACGGCCACGCUGCCCAAGAACAUGAUGCAGCAGCAGCACCGUUUGCAGCAGCAGCAACAGCAUCAACAACAGCAGCAAUAUCAACAACCGGCAGGCAUGGGCAUUGGCAACGGUAAUGGUCACUUAGGUCAGCGUCCGCAGUUGCCGCUGCCUCAGCAGAAACUGCGGGCAGCACAGCAGCAGCACUUGGCGGAACAACAGCAGCAACAUCAGAUGCAGCAGCAACAUCAGAUGCAGCAGCAACUUCAAAUGCAGCAGCAACAGCAACGCCAGCCGCCCAUACCCUCUCGUCAUUCAAGUGUGCAGCAAAAGAUAUUCGUCUCGACGAAUCCAUUCAUACAGACAACGGCCGUUAAGUUUCAUUCGCCUUCGGCCUCGCCCACUUGCGGCUCGCCAGUGACUGGAUCUGGAUCCUUGGCCAGCAUUUAUGCCACAACGUCGCGUGGCGGCCACCAUCGCCAGCAGCAACAUGCUCAGCAGCUGCAGCAGCAGCAGGAACACUAUUAUCGCGAUGUUGCUGGGGGCAACAGCAAUGGCGGUGCUGCCUACUAUAACCACAAUGCCCAUGCCCAAGCUCAUGCCCAUGCCCAGGCACAUCAUUCAAACUAUGCCACAAGCACAAAUAUUGAAAAGACUGGAAGUAUUCGGGCCAAGACCAAGGCCGAAUUCCUCGAGAAUCUCAACGCGAAACUGGCGAAGCAGGGAAUGUCUGGACGAGCAUUUGCCGUGCGAAAUCUCAUCAACAGCAAGGCCCUGCCGGACCCUCGCAUUUGUCACGAGUCGCUGAUGGAUCAAAUCAAACGUGGAGCUACUUUAAAGCGUAACCAGAAGAUCAACGAUCGCAGCGCUCCCAAAAUACAUUGAAUUAACCUAUAGACUUAAGCGGAAUAACAUAUUUAUUACCAUAAUAAUUAAUCUAUGAAUAAUCAUGAGGCCCGACGCCUGCUCGAUUGCAGGGCUCUGCAGAGUUUGGUUUGAAACUGAAAACUCAACACACAACAUACAACAUAAAUACAUAUGAUUACGAUACUACAUAUUCAAUAUACGAUAUUUAACAAGCGCAUUAAGCUUAACUCGAACUAAUCAAUACCUUUCUUGAUUUCCUAUAUCCCAAAAAUAUGUCCGAAAGGCUUUCUUUGUUAAGUAUAUACAAAAUGGAAGACAGUUGUUUAGCACUUGUAUGUUUAUUUAUAUCCCAAACUCGAAUUUAUCUUUAGUGAACAUCUGUUUAAAGAUAUUUUAUGUUUAUGUAUUUACCAUAUUUAUAAUUUCCCUUGUUUAUGUACAUAUAUAUGAAUAUGAUUUUAACAAUCACUCGAAACUAAUCUGACGCCUAAUAAAUGGAAUUUAUCGUACAA